UUUCAUUUUGCUCAUUUCUUCAAAUGCUUUGGACAGCACAUUUUUGUCGGUGCGGAAAAAAUGUAAACAGGGUCUCCACGCUAUACAAAAUGCUACGCAUGUCACAGUUAUUCGCUCUGUCAGUUUUCUGUUCAGUUGAGAUCCACGGCGUUCAAUAUUCGUGCGGUGUGUGUUCACAUGGCACACGUUUUUUUUUUCUUCUUCUUUUCAAUGGAUUUUACGCAAUAGUUUUUGAGUAUACGGUGAUACGUAGUGAGACUCGCACAACAUAGAACCUUACACAUGUGUAUGCGAAACGUUAUAGUGAUAUAUAUGUGCAGAGUACGCGAGCGGCGACAUAAGGCAAUAGCAGCAGCGGCAGUACUGCCAUACGGAGUGAGUUUUUUUUUUGGUUUGAAGAGACGGAAUAUUGUUCGCAUCUCUCUGAGGGCAAUACAGUCACGUCGUUUGUGUUUUAUCGCAUCAAUUCACGUGUAGUCUUCGAGAACGAGAAACGCACAAUAUCACUGGUGCCCACAAACAAUCAAACAUAAUGUGACACAAAGAAAAGGAAAGUGAAGUGUAUGAAUUUCGAUUUUUGAAAAUUUCCUUGCAUGCAAAAAACCGAAAGCCGAACAGAGUAUCCACGAAACCAAAUAUUCAUUGUGUGUAGAAUAAAAUAAUCGAAAUUGGAAGGCAUGGCGAAAUGCUGAUGUUUUGUUGCGCAAUGUUUGGUCGUGUUAACAUUUGAAAUCGUGUUUUUUUUGUUGUUCAAAAAAUAAUUGUGCAAAACGAGAAGGAAAACAACUGCAAAUUUGUGAUGUUAAUUAACAUUUGUCCAAUUGACGAGGAAGUGAAAAUAAUUUUGGACGAAUUUCGUUUUUUGCGUGACGAUGCAUUACCACUUUUCUGAUUAAUUCGAGAAACAGCGGCUUUAUUCGGUAAUGACGAACAUUUAUUGAAAAUAAUUGUGACAAGCGACAAAAUUUACAAGAAAAAAGCAGAAAAAAUAGCAAACACAACAAAAAUGGUGAACAUGCCGUUAAAUGUGUCGGCAUUUCCAAUGGAUGAACUCGGUUUGGAAACUGACAUCAAUCAGAAUAUCAAUCAGGAAUACUACGAAUGGCUACUGAAACAGCAUAACUACUUUCCGGAUUGUGCAUUUCACAAGGAAAAAUUUGAAGAUACAAUCAAAAUGGAGCAUAGUUAUACGAGAGAUUGGAAGCCAUCGGCAAAUUGUGAAGUCAUGGCAACUCGUACCAUUUUGGUUGAACGACCACCACUCUGUCCGUCUUGCCAUCAACUACCCCCGAAUCACGAUGAAAAAGUUGAUACACCGGAAGCAUACAACAUACCAAUCCCACCAUACAAUGAGGAGGCGGGGCGACGAGCACUUAAUGCCACCGAAGACAUGAUCAAAUUUUGUCACAAUCGUAACUCGGACAACGAUGACUGGACACAGAGCAUACAAAAGCACAAUUGGACAGAACAACAACUGGAUUUGUUUGAACGCGUUGAACGCAUUUUGGAUAUGGAUCAAUUGGGACGAUUGGCCGUGUCUGGUUUAUCAAAUGAGUGCCUCCGUCGAAAUGCAAUUAUUGAAAAAUCCGUGUCACGAAUGCGAGCUGCACUGGCAGCUGUGCAUUGGGAACCACGGUUGACAUCAUGGCUUCAUGGUUUGCUUAUGACAACACUACCACCAAAAUACAUGGUCAGCUAUAUUGACAUUCUGCAAACGCUUAAACGCAAAAUACCCACAUUAGUUGAUAAGAUGCUUUACCACAAACCAAUCGAAAUGCAUAAGGAUUAUAUGAGUGCAAUCAUGAAACGAGCAUGGGAACCAACGAUGGUUCCAAAAACACGUACACUUCCUAGUAAUCCCGUUAUUAUUGUUGUGUCGUCGACCAUUUGCGCAGCUAAUACUUCGUCACGGGAAAAACGAUGGCUCGAACUACUUGGAACACUUACUGCGGUUGAAACAAUUACGGUGAAUUUACAGGCCAUUGACCCCCAAAAGCCCAUCGAACAAGUGACAGAGCAUUUGGUUGCAAUGACCCGUGCCAAAAUUCAAGAGGUUCGCAAUCAAACACCAAACCGGCAUGUUAUUUUGGCCGGAUUCAAUGCGGGCGCAGCCAUUGCAUUGCAAGUGGCACUGGUCGAAUCGGUCAAUUCGAUCGUUUGUUUAGGCUUUGCAUUUAACACAUUGCACGGUGUACGUGGAAUGCCAGACGAUAAAGCCCUUGAACUAACCACACCGAUUUUGUUUGUCAUCGGUCAAAAUGCACAAAGAUCUAGUCAAGAGGAAAUUGAAUCGUUGCGCGAAAAAAUGUCCGCUCAAACAUUGCUGGUGAUCGUUGGUUCAUCGGAUGAUUCGUUGCGAGUAAAAAGGCUAAACCGUUCCAUGGAAGGUGUUUCACAAUCAAUGAUCGAUAACAUGAUUAUGGAUGAAAUUCAAGAGUUUGCCACGAGUUGUAUAUUGAAUCCACCUGGGCCACGGAAGCUUAAGCAAUUGAAUGGAUGUCGAAAAGUGACAAAACAACGUGCGACACAUCUUGAACAUGGUCCCACGGCGAAACGUGCACGAUUGAAUGGAAAUCAAAGAGCCAAGCUGCUCGGCAGACCGCCAAUAAUCAAAACCAAAAAUGGAAUACAAAAUGGAAAUUCACAAACCAAUGAAACGGAUGAUGAUGAAUCAUUGCAAUUGGCCUUCAAAAGUGUUUUACCCACGGAUAUUGUGCAAAAUGAUGAUGUUGUCGAAGACAAAUCAAAUGGAACGCAUGAUGUGCGUACGACGCCGAAUGGUUCGCCGAGCAUAAAACAAAAAGUGAAAUAUAUUCCACCGAAUCAAUUUUUGCACAUCAAACCGCCGCCCUUGAACACACAGAAAAUUUACGUGAAACAACAGAAUGGUAACCAAUCGUACACACUUGGUGUGAAAAAUAUCGGCACAACUGACGUGUCGCCAACACCGGUUGUGCACAAUAAAUUGGUCAGCCCGAAAAACAAAGAACAAACCACAUCAUUAGCAUCAUCAUCACCGCAGAAAAAAACCAAUGUAGAAUAUUCAAAUGGUCAAGACAGGUCCAUCAAGGAUAUCGACAUUUUUGAUAUUCCCAUUUUGUUUGCCGACAAAGAUGGCAACAUCAUUGAUGAAAAUCAUACCGGCAACAGCGACACACCAAAGACUUCCACAACGACAAUCAACUCCAUUGAUGUUAUCUCCGAAGAAAUUGUCAAUGACACAAUCAUUGAAGAUGAAUCAAUGGCUGAACCAAAAGAUAGUGACCAAACGGGUGAAGAAAUGGAUAUUGAAAAACCUACGACGCCACCGCAGCCACCAAAGCCAUUGACGCGAAGUGGCAAUUUCGUGGUGUUGAACAAACACAAUAUGAGCCAAUUCAAAAAGGUCAAGUGUAUUCCAGCUUCAAAAAUACGGAAAGUCGUUUUUCCACGUGGAAACAUUCGUUGUUUCAAUGCAUCGGGACGAUUGUCUUCGAUCGAUUCCAAGCCACGCUUCUUGACCAAUGCGAAAACGGGUGUACCGAAAUUUCAGAAUUUCACACGUCUCUUGGCGCUGCAACACAAUCAACAAUCGCAUACAAAUGGCGAAUCGAAAAGCGGACCCAAAGCUGAAGUGAAUGGCCGAACGUCACCACCACCGAAAAGUGGAAUUCUCAUCAAGCGAAAUCACAUGAAAAACAUCACCGUUCGCAAAGUGAAUGUCGUGCAAUCGAGCGCAAAAAAAGGAAAUGCAGUUUUAAAUGGUUCCAUCGAUUCGACGGUGAAAAAUAAUAUCAAAGAUAAUUCGAUCGCCAGUCUGGUCGCAGACCUUGAAGAUUGAAUCAUUUUCACGUACUUUUUGAUUUAAUUAGUUCUAGUAGACUGUAGAGAAACUACGUUUAACUAAAGCAAUCUUCUUUUUUCGUCUUUUUUUCGUUUCUUUUUGAAUGAAAUUUGAAUUAAGAACCUAAACCUAUUAUAUCAUUAUUGAAAAAUAAAACAAAACCAUAUUUUUCCAAACUAA